UGUAUAUAUAUGUAUAUGUAUAUAUUUUUAUUUUUUUUAAUUUUUUUUUUACACUAGUUGUUGUCCAACAGUUGAUGUGUGUAUUAUCCUCCAGAGGGUGGCAUGCGCAGUAAGCGGCGCUGUGUUCUGGAGAAGAAACAGCCAUACAGUGGAGAUGAAUGGUGCUCUGGACCCGACACAGAGGAGGAUGAAGACAAGCUACACACUGCGACCCACCAAGAGCGUGGGCUGGCAGGUCCAGUUCAAGGGCUCUCUGAUCGCCUGUCUGCAGGGCCCGUGUCUGAACCCGCGGCUCCUGUAAUGGGAUGUGGAGUGGGACCAGGGCUGAAGACAGAGCAGCCUCCUCAGCCUUCACAGCAAGUGGUGUAUGUUUUCACAACCGGCCUAGCUAACAGCGCUGCAGAGGCAGUAAUGAAAGGACAGACCGAUUCCAUCCUUCUGUUUCACCAGCAAAAUGUUUCACGCCCCAAGUUGGAGCAGGUCAGACAUCCACAACUCGGCGUCAAAUUAAACAAGGGCCACUCAUCAGGCAAGCUUCCUAACCUAUCUGAAAAGAUGAACUCGAGCAGCUCUCCACCCACAGGCACCCCUAAAUCACAAUGUGGAACUCCACGACCAGCCUCUGCAGGUGCUGGAGGCCCAUUGCAUCCUGCAGGGACACCAUCAUCAGCAGGACACUCGGAUAAUGAAUCCUCUCAGACCAGACCUGGCGGAGCCUCCAGCAAUAACAGCAUCGUCGCCCAUAGGUCAGAGGCAGGGAGCACGGCCACACCUGCAUGCCCAGUCCCAGGAGCUGGAGAUGGCGAGGGUGCAGGGGGUAUGUCUCUUCCUGUUGCUACCAUUUCUCCCUCGGGAAGUCCCUCCAUGCUUUCUGCACACCUACAGGGUGAUCCGUGCCAGAGGAGUGGCCCGGGGAACAUGGAUGGUCUUUCCAAAGAGCAGCUGGAACACAGGGAGCGCUCUUUGCAGACACUGAGGGACAUAGAGAGGCUGCUUCUGCGUAGUGGAGCAGGUGGAGGCCCUGGAGACACAGGAGCUACGAACAACAAUGCUAGUAAUAACUCCUCCAACCUAAAUAAUAACAACAAUACUGAUAGGAGCGGUAUUCUCGAGGACCGUGACAAUGGUACAAAUAGCUCCGGAAAUUGCGGUAGUGGUAAUAUGCUGUCGACAGCCUUGGCUUCGAUGGGAGGGAUGAAGAAAUAUGAAGAACCCCUCCAGUCCAUCAUUUCUCAAACACAGUCCCUUGCUGGACCUGUACUUGACAGCCCUCACAUGGACUCUCACCAUAACCUACCACAACAUCCCCAUCACCAGCUGUCUUCACCUGGGCUCGACAUGGGUCACUUACUUGGACCAGAUGGGCUGACCCCAGAGCAAGUGGCGUGGAGGAAGCUUCAAGAAGAAUACUACCAAGAUAAGAGACGACAACAGGAAAUACAACCCCCCUCACAUCCACAGCACUUAAGAAUGAUGACAGAGAUUGGCAUGCAAGGAGGUCCUGUGAUGAUGAGAGGACCCCCUCCUCCCUACCACAGCAAGCCUGGAGAACAGCAGUGGGGUCCUGGCAAUAUGAUGGGAGGAGGAAUGGGUGGAAAUGCACGAAUGAUAGACAUGCACCAAGAGGGACCCCGCGGCCCAAGGUUCCUGGGACAGAUGCAGAGAGGGCCACCUGGAGGAGGCGGUUUUCCUGGUGGUAAAGGGGGAGUUUUAUCAGUGGAGGGUCUAGGACCCCAAAGGCCCACCAGGCCAGGGAUGAUUUGGCUUGAUGAUAUGCCCAACAAUAUAGGCGGUGGGGGUCCAUUUCAUGGCUGCUACCCUGGUGGACCUCCUCAGCACUUGCAAGGUGACCCAGAACAUCUGUUAACACAUGAGGAAAUGUUUCGCCUCAUGGAGAAACGGCAGAUGCAGGGGCUUUCCAGGUUUGAACUUGACAGAUUAGCUAAACAGCAGCAACAGGGCAACCUGGGCUCAAGAAUGAUGGAUAAUCCCGGGGGCCCAGACUUUCACAAUUUGGGAAUGGGCCGGGGUCCACCCUCCACUCGAGGUGAUCCUAUGGACUUUCCUGGUUCACGGGAGAUUAUGGGCUCUCCUGGAGGGGGUCCUCAGAUGAGAGACCUUGUGGAUUCUCCUCUGGGGAGCAGCCUCACAAUGAAUAUGAACCCACAGAUGAAUGUUCAGCAACAACAACAGCAGAUGAUGCUCUCUCAGAAGCUCAGAGGAGGUCCUGCUGGAGGGGGAACUUUAGGUGAGAUGUUUAGCCCUGGAGAUAUUUCACGAAUCAGGGCUUCCCAUAAUGGAAGAGGAGUAAAUAAGGGAAUGAUUCCAGGACCCGAUGGCCCCUUUCAGUUUCCCAAUCAUGGUCCCUUUUCUGGAGGACAAGUGGAAGGGCCUUUUCUUCAGCAACCUGGCCCUGAGAUGUUUGGACCUGACCAGCAAGGUCAUCAUCAAAUGGGAGGUACAUCGCGGCUUAGUCAUAUGCCGAUGAGUGGAGUCCUCAGGGGAGUAGACCUCGGACCUAGGCACCCCUCUGAGCUAUCAAUCAAUAUUAACCCCAGGAGCUCUCCUUCAGUGCCUCGUCCUCAUCAGCUCAAAUCUCCAUCCCUCAACCGAGAGCCAUCUCCACUUCUACCUUCCCCCUCUGCUCCAGGACUGAAGUCCCCCCCACAGAUAUCCUCUGCAGGGCAUCACCCCACUCUUCCCCCUGCGUCUGGUGCUGGGACUCCUUCCUCUUCUUCCAUGAAGUCUCCCCAGAUAAUGGGGUCUUCCAACCUUGGGUUGCACUCUCCGUCUGCCUCUCCUGGACAACUCAAGUCCCCUGCCAUGGCUGUGGGUUCUCCAGGUUGGGCGUCUCCUAAAACAGCUCUUCCGAGUCCAGGUGGUCCAACCAGUGGGAAGGUAGUGGGCAAUGGAGGAAGUAGUUCCACCGAGACAGGCCAAUCACUUCCCCCCAGGAGUUCCAACUCUACACCCGUUAGCCAGCCAGGCUCUAUGAAUCCUGGUAUGCCAUUCACUUCCUCUCCCGAUAACCAUCCAACCCCGAAUCCUUUAUCUCUCAUCAUGUCUCAGAUGUCCAAGUAUGCCAUGCCCAGUUCUACUCCCCUCUACCAUGAUGCAAUCAAAACAAUUGCCACUUCCGAUGAUGAGAUGCUGCCAGAUCGACCUCUUCUAUCCGGUGUCAGCAUUGGAGGAAACAUGGGGAACCCCCAGACCUCCCAGCUACUGGUCUCCCAGGGCUCCAUUGGUCCCCACAGUAAUCCACAAAGCCCCAUGGGCAUUGUAAGCCAAGGUCAGCAACACCUGCCACAUGACUCAUCAGGACCUGUGCUUUCUUCCCCAAACCAAAUGGGCAUGCCUGCCAUGAUGGGAGGAGGUGCACCUGAUGGGAUGGGGCCCUGCAAUGUUUCACCUAUAUCUCAGAGCCAGAUGGCAGGCUUUUCUCGCAUCCAGCCACCACCUCAUGGGCCCAUGCACUCACCUAUUGGAGGAAUGUCACAUAAUUUCUCCCAGUCUAAUGAGGAUAUUCUACCACCACAGCAGUUACACCUUAGUCUGCUUAGAAAAGGUCAUCCUCACCAGCGCCCCUCUCAUCCCUCAGACUCAUUUGCCUCUUUGCACAUGGGGGAUGGCCCGGAUUUAAGUGAAGUUAUACGAACCAAUCACUCGGGUAUCCCUGAGUUUGAUCUCUCCCGCAUCAUUCCUUCUGAUAAGCCCAGUAGCACUCUCCAGUAUUUCCCCAAGAGUGAGCCACAUCAGAAUCUGCAUCAGGGGCCACUAUCCCAGCAACCUACUCCACAGCAGCUCCUCAAACAGCUGUCUUCUUCUGGUCCUCCACACAGCAGCGGCCCCUCAUCCAACCCCCACUUAGCAAACUUACAGAAUAUGAUGGCUGAACAGCAGCUGGCGCCUCACCCCUCACAUGUUGGAAUACGCCAAAACAUGGGCAUUCCUCAAGGGGGCUCUAGGGGCAUGGUUUCUGGUGGGGGCAUGGGCCCCAUGUGCCCCCCUGGACAUAUGAUGGGAAGGACAGGCAUGGCGCCCCAGCAGCAGCUACAGCAACAGCAAGCCAUGAUGGCGAACAGCCUUCUCCACCAUCCUUCCAAUCCAUACCCUGGCAUGAUGUCCUCCCAGCAGCACUCACACAAUCUGAUGGCACAGCAAAACAUUAUGAUGAUGCAGGCUAAGCAGCGAAGCAUGUCAAUUCCAGGGGAUCCCUUUGGCCCCCAGGGUCCUCUCAUGUCCCCUCAGGGUCCGAUGAUGGCCCCGUCCCACCCACAGGCUGGUAUGAUGGGCCCCCAGUCUCUCAGACAACGAGGAAUGUCUCUGGACAGUACCAUUGGCUAUGGACCCGGAGGUAUGGCCCACAUGCCAUUCUGAUCCAGCUAACAUAACUUUUAAAAACAAAAAAAAAAAAAGUGUCCUCUAGGUUACCUUACCAUUGUGUCCAAAUUUUUUCAUUAAUGUUAUUCUUGCAGUUAUUUGAAAAGAGGAACUGUAAAACCAAUAAAUCAGUGAUGCUUCAAGUUAUGGAUUACAACUGAUUAAAAAUGGAAUAUUUAAAAGCACUGUAAACCAAUUAAGUAACAUAUUUGAAGCCAUUUUCUAAAAUACUGUAAAAUAUGUAUAUUACAAAGAUCUGUGUAGUUGUUGUGGGAACAGAGUGGCAGUCAGGAGAGGAGUGCCUCAAAUUUCUUUUUGUUUUAAUAUUGAUUUAUUUUUUUUUUUCUCCAACUACCAAACUGUUGUGCAAAGGAAUUAUAUAUAUGUCAAUAUAUAUAAUAUAUACCUGCUGUAUAUAAGAUGCAAUUUGUGAUUGUUUGCAGUUGUUCUGUAUAACUGUUUUAAUAGAAGUCUAAAAAUAGAAUAAUACUGAUCUCUACGGUGGUUUUAGCUUUGGUUAUUGUGUCAAUUACUGUUUGCGAACACUGACAAAGGGACACGGUUGCUGUAUAAUAUAUGAAAUCUUUAUUGAAUUCAAUAAGCAGUAGCUGAAGUACAAGCAAAAACAGAUUCUGGACAAAAAAUAACAUUUUCUUGACUGGGUAAAUAAAACAUCUUUUUAAAUGCA